AUGGCCAACAAGAACGCAAAGUCUCUCUACGAGGCUAUUCCUGAAUGUAUUAGCGGCUGCUUCGACAUCAGUGUCGCUAAUACUGGCUGUGCCAAGGACGACUACGACUGCUGGUGCUAUAAGCCGAAUCAUCAAACCAUCGUUGAUACAUUGGAGCAAUGUCUCUCGAAUAAGGAAAGGAAGACAAAAGAGAAGUGUACUGAAGAUGACGAAUUCGAAUAUGAGAACAGUUACUGGAAGAUUUGCGAACAAUAUUGGGAACCCUAUGGAACAGCCACCGAACCAAAAUCAUUCCCAACUGCUGUAUCAUCUACGGCUUCAGUAAUAUCGACAACAUUGAAGGUGUCGACAACAGUCGCCACUACUGCAUCGUCAUCUGAAGAGACAGCCGCAGCGGAAGAUUCUACCUGGAAGAGCCUUGCACCAACUGAGACUGGCGCUUCCGAGCAAGCGCGGGCAUCUGACAAUGUAGAUACAGUGUCAACUACUCAUAGCGGCUUGACACCGGAGGGUAAAGCCGGAGUGGGCGUUGGUGUUACAAUCGGUGUUAUAUUAAUCGGUAUUGCCGUCUUCCUCUGGCUGCGUGAGAGGAAACGAAGACGCGCAGUCGAGGACCAGCUCAGAAUUGUCGAGAUAGAGAAGGCCAACGCUUCUCAAGAAGGGUAUCAUGUCAACAAGGGCUUGUACGAGAUGGAGGGUGAUCGACCUCACGCGGAGGAACUUCGUGGAUGUAUGAGAACGCCAGAGCUUGGUGCAGCAGAGACGACAAAGUCAAGCAGCGUGGCACACGCAGGACCGGUGAGUCCAUCUGAUGACGAUAGGGACUCGUCGUUUUCGACAAGGAGUCACUCGUGGCCUAUUUCACCUGAGAAUCCAAGUCGUCAGGAGUCAAGAGGUCUGGUCAACAUCACCCUCCGUACCAACAUCGGCAUCCCACACAUCUAUUUCAGCAAAAGUUCAUCGAUCCGAUCAAACUUCAAGAUGCAUGAGAACCGAGACACCAUCGUCAAGCUCCUCGAGCGUCUCAUGCAGGAGAAGAACCCUGGCGCCCAGACCCUGAGGGACUACAUCAACGAGACCUCCAACCUCAAGGACGUCAUGAUGGCGGUUGUUAAGGACAUCGUCGCUGCGAAGAAUGUUCUCGGUGUCACCGGCGGGCGUGCUGCCGAGCUCAACGCUUGCCGCGACGAGCUCUGCAAGGCCUUCGACAAGCACUGCCGCACCACCGAGGAUGGCUACGACCGCCUCUUCCACCCUCGAUUCACCUGCCGCAUUCAGACCUUCAAGGUUCUUGCUGCCGAGGGUCAGGUCGAGGUCGUUCUCCGAAUCCCGGCCCGCGAGUACAACGACUCCCCCCACGUCCUUGAACCUGGCAGAUGCGAGGUCUCUCUCAUCGUGAAGGAGAACUAG